CGGCUCGAGCUGUUCUCCCCGUGGUUGCGAGCUGUGUCCCUCCCCUGUCAGUCACAUCCAACAUGGCGUCGGGCUAUAUAGUAAAUCGUGGUGCGCUAACCUUAGGAAUACAUUACCGAAAUGUUUGCAGAACCAACACAUUUACACAGAUUCGAGAAAAGAAACGAUGGAUGAAAUCCUAUACAUACACUAUGGAAAGAAAGCGAAAGAUAGAAGGGACUCCUCCGCCGAAGCCAAGAUCCCAAAAACCUAACUGGGAUUACCAUGCUGAAGUGCAAGCAUUCACCUGCCGUCUUCAUGAGAACUUUUCCUUGGAGUUGCUAAAGACUGCGUUUGUCAAUCCAUGUUAUAUUGAAUCUGAGCAAAAGAGAAGGCAAGACUUGGGAAUGGACUCUGAAACAAUAGCUCUUGUCUUAAAAGGCAACAUUGAGCUACGCUCACAGGGGUCAGAUUUUACCUCUAGUUUCCUGAACGAUUGGUGUCGGGCCAGCUUUCCCCGUCUGCACAGUGAUGGGGUAGCGGCUGUCGUGGCACACCUUACCUGUUCAACAGUGGUUUGCCAUGUAGCAAGAAACCUUGGUAUUGAAGACCUCACCAUGAGUGCCGAGUUCCCGAUUCCUGAUGAUGUACUGCAAUCCACACUGAUGGCUGUGAUCGGAGCGUUACUGGAAAGCAGCGGAGCAGAAAGAGCAGGGUUCUUCCUAAGGGACUUUCUUGCCACUCAGCUGAUCGGGAAAGACCUGUUUGAUAUGUGGAUAGUGGUGAACCCCAUGGGUCUGCUGAUGGAGGAACUGGCCCAGAAGAACAUGUCUGCCCCAGAGCCCCGUCUCAUUAGGUCGGCUGGGGCCAGCACGGUUCUCCCACUCUACUUUGUUGGACUUUACAGCGAUAAGAAGCUAUUGGCUCAGGGUCCAGGAGACACAGUCAUCGCUGCUGAGGAAGAGGCCGCUCGCGUAGCUCUGCGUGAUCUCUAUGGUUUCACCGAGAACCGCAGGCCAUCAGACUUUUCCACAAUGAAACAGCAACAAGAACCUGUACAAUAUGUUGCCAGCAACUAAUCCAGGGUGUACAUGGCAGGCAGCAGAGAGAAACGUAAAUGGUGGUGGAGCAUCGCCCUUCCGUUUUGUUAUACCGUAAGAUGCAACCAUUUAAUUUCAUACUUGAUUGGAAGGGUAAACAAAAGCAAUGUUAUUUGUGACCAAAAUAAAUCCUAUCGGAAACUAUGUUGUCAAUGGGUUUGUUUUAUGACCACAGGAAUGUUCAUGUCUUCAUGCCAAGAAGGGUGAUUGAUGUUUUAAGCAUAGGCUUGGUGAAGCUCAAACACCAUCUGUUUUGGAGUGGGCUGGUCAUAUUCUGGGGUAACCACUGGAAAGUUAUGCAUUGUGUUUUGGACCAUACUACAAGAUAAUAAAUGUUUUUGUUACUCUGCGUUGUAAAUAUGAAUGCCUGCCAUGGGUCUUAUUUUGUUCACCUAAAAUAAACAAUCUUUAUAAUGA